CACGUGACUCCUUCAUCCGGUCUGAUCCAACAUGGCGGCCUCCACUGCAUCACGUCAACUAUUUACAGACGGAGUUCGGACGGUUCUAAACACGUGGCCCGUUUUACAGAUCGCCGUGGACAACGGGUUUGGGGGUGUGUAUGGACAGCAGAAAGCUGAUUGGAUGGUGGACGUUGUUCAGCAGUAUUUCCAGGACAACG